AGAAGAAGAAGAAGAAGAAGAUUACUUCACGGAUAUUUUUGGGGGGGUUUCCCCCUCCCCGCCAUUUAAGGCUACCCGCACAGGUCUCUUCCCCUACUCUUUGUUCUUCCGUGCUAUUCCUCAAUCACAUUCUAUCAUCUCAACUCGCUCCUAAAGGGUUCAAGAAAUGGCAGCAAAAAUUGGAUUGCUGGGGCAAAGUUUUGUGGAGCGGAACAGAGAAAGGUUGCUUCCUAAGAGCAAUCAUUCCGAUUUGGAAUAUUGUAAUGGAGGCAAUUGCUUGGUUUUCCGUGCGCUUUCGGACCGCAUCGCUCAAAUAUAUCGGAAAUUAUAUAAGAUGGGUCACUCCGAUCCACGAAAGGUGUUGUUUGCCAUGAAAGCUGGGUUAUCUUUAGCUAUCAUCUCGCUAGCUAUAUAUAUUCAGGAUCAUUCUCCUUUCAGCAAGCUUACACGGUACUCCGUUUGGGCGAUUCUCACGGUCGUUGUCGUUUUUGAAUUCAGCGUUGGUGCAACCCUUACCAAAGGAUUCAAUCGUGCUCUGGGAACAUUUUCUGCAGGAGGGCUUGCUCUGGGUAUUGCACGAUUAUCCGUGUUAGCUGGAAGUUAUAAUGAGCUUGUUAUUACAAUCAAUCUGUUCAUAGCAGGGUUUUUUAUCACGUAUGUCAAACAGUACCCUGCAAUGAAGCCAUAUGAAUAUGGAUUUCGUGUUUUUUUGUUGACAUUUUGUGUUGUAUUGAUAUCUGGGAGAAGGACGUCAGAGUUUUUUUUCACAGCUGCGUCAAGAUUAGUUUUCAUUGCUCUCGGUGCGGGCAUAAGUCUUUUUGUUAAUAUUUUAAUAUGCCCCAUCUGGGCCGGGGAGGAUCUGCACAAAUUGGUGGUAAAAAAUUUCAAUGGUGUUGCCAAAUCUUUAGAAGGUUGUGUAAAUGGUUACCUGCAAUGUUUUGAAUACGAGAGGAUCCCUUCAAAAAUUCUUAUUUAUCAAGCUUCGGAUGACCCUCUUUACAGUGGCUACAGAUCAGCAGUACAAUCGUCAAGUCAAGAGGAGUCUCUGUUAGAAUUUGCAUUAUGGGAACCACCUCACGGCCCAUACAAGACGUUCAGCUAUCCUUGGAGAAGUUACGUGGAACUCAGUGGAGCUUUAAGGCAUUGUGCUCUGAUGGUCAUGGCAAUGCAUGGGUGCAUACUUUCAGAAAUACAGGCACCACCUGAAAAGAGGCAGGUCUUUCGAGAAGAGCUUCAAAAGGUUGGGAUUGAAGGAACAAAAAUACUACGUUUACUUGGAAGCAAAGUUCAAAAGAUGGAGAAGUUGAGCGGGAGAGGCAUACUGUUUGAAGUGCACGAGGCAGCCAAGAAAUUGCAAAUAAAGAUCGAUCAACAAUCGUUCCUUCUAGUCAGUUCCAAGAGCUGGGAAGCUGCAAGACAUCCCAAUGAAUUAGAACAAACCGAGAAUUUGAUACAGGAUCACAUGCCACCACAAAGUGAAGCAAAGGAUAUUUCGAAAGACUCUUGCAUCCGGAAAUGGAGCUCUGUAGAUAAUGUCAGGAAAAUGGGAUCAUGGCCUUUUCUCCCGCUUGAUGCAGAUGCCAUGAAUGUGAUGGAUGAGGAAAAUUCCGCUGUAUAUGAAAGUGCAAGUUCCUUGUCUUUAGCAACAUUUGCUUCACUUUUAAUUGAGUUCGUUGCAAGACUUCAGAAUCUUGUGGAUGAAUUUGAAGAAUUAAGUGAGAAAGCAAACUUCAGAGAUUCAUCAGACUAGCCAGAGUAAGCAGGUGGUUAGACUUUGAGCACGAGUGUACAGGCGCUUUUGUUUAAAAAAAGAGAAAAAAUGCCCUGCUCAUUAGGUCAGUACAAAACAAUUGAAUACUGAAUCACAAUUUGUAAAUGAUUAAAUUCAAAUGCGGAAUUUAGGUAUUUGCUAUGUUUUGUUAAAAAACAUGAUAGUCAAGAAACUUAAUGUUUUUUGCACAAGGUAAACUAAUGAAUGUUACCUGAGUGGGAUAUUUUGAUUCACUACUAGCUUAUUAUU